AUGGAAAAGGAUUGGUUGAUUGAUACUGGUGAAUCUCCAAAAGCCCAAAGCAGUCCAUCAGUGAAAGCCAAGAAGGAGAACAAGAAACUACCCUCAAAUCCUGAAGAAGUCGAAGACCUUCGUCGGUGUAUGUCAGCAAACCCGUUAACGGUUUUCGCGUUCGAAGAGCUAAAAACAAUCACAGGAAAUUUCAGACAAGAUUAUGUGUUGGGUGGAGGUGGAUUUGGAAAUGUGUACAAAGGAUACAUUUCUGAAGAUUUACCUGUUGCUGUUAAGGUUCAUGAUGUAGAUAACAGCUAUCAAGGUCACAGGGAAUGGCUGGCAGAGGUAAUAUUUCUAGGGCAGCUUUCGCAUCCGAAUCUGGUGAAGCUGAUUGGAUAUUGUUGUGAAGACGAACAUCGAGUUCUGAUAUACGAGUACAUGCCUCGUGGUAGUGUUGAAAACAAUCUAUUUUCUAGGGUUUUGCUUCCACUUACUUGGUCGACUCGAAUGAAGAUAGCAUUUGGUGCUGCAAAAGGACUUGCUUUUCUGCACGAAGCCCAGAAACCCGUCAUUUAUCGUGAUUUCAAGACCUCCAACAUAUUAUUGGACCAGGACUACAAUGCGAAAUUGUCGGAUUUUGGCUUAGCUAAAGAUGGACCGGAGGGCGACAAAUCCCAUGUUUCUACUCGAAUUAUGGGAACAUAUGGCUAUGCGGCUCCGGAAUACAUAAUGACAGGCCACCUAACGCCUAGGAGUGAUGUGUAUAGCUUUGGAGUGGUACUUGUGGAGCUUUUAACGGGCAGAAAGUCGUUGGACAGAACACGGCCAGUUCGCGAACAGAAUCUUACGGAUUGGGCAGUCCCCUUACUAAGAGAAAAGAAGAAAAUGUUCAACAUAGUUGAUCCGAGACUCGGAGGUGAUUAUCCGAGCAAGGGUUUCCAGAAAGCUGCCAUGCUGGCUUAUCACUGCUUAAAUCGUAACCCAAAGGCAAGGCCUCUGAUGAGGGACAUUGUAGAUUCCCUUGAGCCUCUUCAGGUUCCUUUCGAUGUUCCAACCGAUAAGCCGGCUUUGAUUCUUUGUAGCGAGGACUUUAAAUCAGGAUCCGUAAGCGAAAAUACAAAGUAUUAAUUAUGUUUCUUCAUUUUGAGCAUGUUUUGUUAAUGACCAAUCACACAUUGAGGCAGUAAGGUAGCAUAUAGUAUAAGUUUUGGAGAGUCCUAAUCGAGCAUGUAAAAGAGUAUAAUUCAACAUUUUGUAAUGAUAUAUAUUGGCACGGUUGGGACAAUGUCCAACUGGAAUCUGGGCUGGGCGCGAAUGACUUGGCAAUUCCUUUCCUUGGGGAUGCUGACAGCAUUGUUUCGGGCCACUUUCGGCCAUCUUCCGGCUGUUGGAACGUACGCUCGUCUGAAUGGCCGUACAGUUUAUUGACCAAGUAUUUUUAGUUUUUUUAUUUUUUUUACUUUUUGGUCGAUUAGUUUCAUUUCUUAUAUAUUUCGUACAGUUUAUUGAUCAAGUAUUUUUAGUUUUUUUAUUUUUAGUUUAUUGAUCAAGUAUUUUUAGUUUUUUUAUUUUUUACUUUUU